AUGUUCACCACAAAAUUGUUCUCUCGCUCGACCGAGCCCCCAAAGGUCCCUCAGCAUACCAUUACCAUCUCACGUUCUCCCAAGAAUAGCAGUAAUCCAGUCUCAGUAGUUGUACAACCACACGGACAGGCCCCAGUACAACUCCAAUAUCCAUCUGUGAGCAGCUCCCAUCAAGCGCCGCCGUCACGCGCCGUGCCGGUACCCAUACCCUCCAAACAUGCUCAAUCUUCCCAUCGUCACUCGACAAGUCCUAUCACGCAGCCCAUACAAGUAUAUUCCUCGGAAUCUGCCAACAGGCAUUCCCAUUCCCGCUCAAACUCUCACUCUCACUCGCCAUCCCAGCAGCCAAAGCAACCAGAGCAUUCACCUUCCCGUCUUCAUCGGCAUUCCUACCAACCCACCCGCUCUGAUGCUGCAUCUAUCGCUGCAGCGUCUCACGUAGCCGUUUACAAUGGCCACUCGAGCCACCAACGCGAACAUUCGCCUUCUCGUCACCACCAACAGCGCGAACACUCACCUUCUCACUCACCCUCUCACUCGCCUUCUCACUCGCACCGUAGAACUCACUCUGACGAACGUCAUUACACGUCUUCUCAGCCAAAGGAAAGCAAGUCUACGAAUAGCGCGACGUGGCUCGCUGUCCCUGAUUCAGUACCCUAUGGUACCGCAGUCCCCCUGGCCACGACACCCGUACCAGCUGGAUACGUACGCCAACGAAGUGUGAGCGCAACAGCGCCCCGUCCAUCCGCGCCCAUUGCUAUCCCCUUUCCUUCCACAUCCAGAGAACAAACCCAACCCAGCAGUCAUAAGCGAGGGCAAUCUGCUUCCACACCGCGUGUCUCCUUUUCGUCGUCACCAUCCAGGCCCGUCAUGCACGCUCCUCCCGUUACGCCACCGUAUUCGACUCCAAGGCUUGCCGUCGUCAACCCACCACCUGUUGCGCAACCCCUCGGUGGAUAUCAGACGGCGUACAUCUCUGCAUCGCCAGGAAAGCCGCACAUGGUCGGCUCGCUCCCGACGAAUAUGACGUCCAAUCUCACAGGUCAUUCACCUACGGGUACAUCGCGCGUCCGUACACUCUCUCAAACUCGUCCUCAGCAAUAUUACCACGCAGAACAAGUGUACGCUCGUCCAAAGGGGUUCUUUAAUCGACGUGGAGAUGAGUUUAUUCGUAAAGGUGUGGUUCGGCAUCAGCCACAUGCGUCUAUGGAGUGGCACCCCAUGUUCAAGGAUUACCCGGAUCCCGGACAAGGUUGGAUGGACGAGGAAGGCAACUGGAUCGCUGAGCGUGGUGGGAUUCUCAAACAUUGA